GGAGUCCAGAGUAGAGUACGCACCUUCGUAUGUGUACAAACUCAGAACGUUGUGUUGAGUAAAAAGGGUUAUCAGAGUCACAUAUGAAUAAACAAGAGGCUUCAUGUGGCUGUUGCCUGAAUGUAGCUCUUCCUGGGUGAAGUGAAGUGAAUCGAGUCCAACUGUGAUAUUCAGAAUAAGUGAAAGUGUUCCAUAACGACAUGCGAUCUUAGAGGUGGCUAGGGAAAAAAGUUGUAUAAGAAAUAAAGUAUGUUCUUGGCCAAAUUGGGAAAUCAGGGCUUCCAAGUAUUCCCAUUUGGUCACCAGCAGGGAGGCAAGGGUGAGGACUGAGUAAGGUUCAGAAGAGUUGUGGCGUCAAAUUAGUGCUAUUUUACCUCUAUUUCGCUUCAACAGCCCUCGAGGAAUCUCCGAAGGCAAUAUACCAAGCAAUUCAGCCAAAGAAAAGAAGCAAGCAAGCAAGUUGGCUAAACCGGCCCCCACACCAUCACCCCUAUCUCUAAGUUUCGACCCUCGCCUCGUUGGAGUUUUAUAGCAUUUUUGCGACGUUUUUUUUUCCUUGGUUCUUGGCUCUUGCCUCCAGCCCGCUUUCAUCCGUAACUCUUCCACCAAAUUUGAAAGGGAUUUGCCAAAUCGUAAAAAUGAAGACCCAGCACCACCUUUCAUGGGAUGGUAGCACCACGGCCACCGCCACCAGCAACAACAGCACCACCAACCACUAUCAAACCACAAAGCCAGAACCAAAUUGGCAAUAGACUAGUGAGUUUUACAUGCCUCUCCUCGAGGAUCGUUGUGUUCAUCAUUACUUUGCCAAGCUUCAACCAAAUAUUUGUCAUUGAGAUUCUCAUGGAGAUCUUGAAAGCAUUCAAAGAACCGAGAUCCAGAUAGUUCUUUUGCUAAUCGUUCACCUGCUCUACGUCAUCAUCAUUAUCAUCAUGUAACUUCCAAUCCUGAGCGCAGGAGAGAGAAAAAGUCUGCCCCUAUUUAAGUGUAUUCAGUUCCAUUUUUAAUCAAGUGUUCAAGCAGUGUUAUUAUUGUGUUUCAUAUUUGAUUCGUUUCGUGCUAAAUCCUCCAACGCCCGUUUCAAUGUCUCGGUCGGAAUCUUCCGAUUUUCCCCCGGGACUAGUGAGAAUCUCCCAAGAUACCAUAUUGAUUCCACCUGAAUCCCGUUCCCGUUCCCGAUGUCAAGAGUAUUCAGUCCAAAAUGUUCUAGCGGAGACCAUCAGGUCGCCCUCACCCAACCCAAACUACCACCCAACUCCAUCAACCUCCAAAGAUUGUUUUCCUCCCUUAAAUCACGGAAAUCGAGGCUCCCAAAAAGAGCCUCCUCACCAUUCGUACAGUGAUGUUUCCUUCAAAGAGUGCUCCCCGAGCAGUGCUGUGCCUUAUACGUCCAAUUUUGACCUUCUGGAGAAUGCAGACUCGGUUUUUCAAGACGAGCCCUCCGUGGACCACAUGUACCUGGAUGUCAUCAGGGAGGACUAUCAGACCAUGCUCACAAGUGUGCUACCUCAAUUGUCCAUCGCCAAGAUGGACCCGGUAUCUCAGGUGUUCUGCCUUCGAUGGAACAACCACCGCUCGAACUUGCUCAACGUCUUCGACCUGCUGCUCCAGACUGAGGCCUUUUGCGAUGUGACUUUGGCUUGCGAUGGAGCUUCCAUCAAGUGUCAUAAGAUCAUUCUCUCGGCUUGCUCAUCCUACUUCCAGCAGCUUUUCAUGGAGAACAGUUGUGAACAUCCCAUCGUGUUCCUCAAAGACAUCAAGUACAAUGAUAUCCGCUCCAUUCUGGCUUACAUGUACAAAGGGGAGGUCAAUGUUCAACAAGAGGAACUUCCUAAUCUAUUGAAAGUGGCCGAGCUUCUAAAGGUUAAGGGCCUUGUAGAAGAAGAACGAGAGAAACUCCUGAGCUCAGGCUUGAAGGACCCCCGUUCCAGUGUUUCAACCACCGAUGAUCAUGAACCUCGACCCUCCACUGCCUCCUCCACGAAGAACAAUAAGGAUGGCCCCAAUAGCAAGGACAAUGGCCCUCUCACCCCCACCUCCGCCGGACCGAAUAUGGUACCCCCGUUCAUGUGCACCCCUCCCGGUUCCCGACCCCAAAUUCCCAUGUGGCCACUUCAUGGCAUGUUCCCUGGGGCUCACGGUCUCUUUGGUAAUGGCAAUGCUGACCACCAUGACAAGGAAGGUUCCCCCAGUCCUAAAGAAGUAGGUGCGAGCAAAAGGAAGAAGACCUCGAGUGGGUCUGGCGGUUCCACCAGUUCCAAGGACGGAAACGUCCACAAUAACACCAACAACAACCUGGGACCUGGCCCUCGAGAGAGAGAUCAUGAGCGAGAGGAACGCAAUGACGAGAAGAUGUUGGAUAAUGAUCUGGACAAGGAUAACGGAAUGAUGAACAUGGACAAGAAUAACAUUGCUAAUUAUGUUCCCAACCAGCGGCUCGAAUGGAAACGAUACAAACAGUACACCAGGAAUGAUAUCAUGGCCGCUAUUGACGAAGUGCGAAAAGGUAUGUCAGCUCUCCAAGCAUCCAGGAAAUACGGCGUUCCUUCCAGAACACUCUACGAUAAGGUCAAGAAAAUGGGCAUCGUAACGGGUCGUCAAAUGCAAAGAAAAUCCCUUCCUCAAUAUCCGGCAUCUUUUCCACAGUUUGGUGGGAUGAUGGGAAUGGAUUCGUUAAAAGAUCUCUCCGACAGCCGCUCCAAAGACAUGGAUGAAAAUACCAAUGAUAGUUCAUCACAACCAGGAGAUAACUUGGAUGGGCGGGCCACUAUGGUUCCCCCGGGAGGUGCGUUUCCCUCCAUGCAAAUGCUCAGCAUCAUGGAGAAAAUGAAAGAGUCUGAACGUCGUGGCGACUCUGAAAUCAGUCUUAUGCCCAUGAACCUCUCAACAAUGUUGGGCAGUGCGGGCUCUAGAGAUCUCAGGUUGGCCACCUCCCUGGCCUCCGCCCAACACCAUUCCCAAUCCGAUCGUGAGGGGGGAGCACCCGGUGGCAACGGCCAUAGUCGAGGAGGGCGAGGCGAGAUGUCCGAGAGUAGUCUAAGUCCCGGUGGUGACGAUGUUGAUAUCGAUGAGGAGGGAGACGACGACAUCGUGGAGAGUAGUAGUGGCAAUAGAGGGCGUGAUCGUCAUUCCUCCUCCGAUAUUCGGGCCCAAUUCAUGGCGGAUCUCAGGCGAUUGGGCGGGAACGUCAACUCAAGCGAAGCCAAUCGUAGUGGAUCCGUGGACCGACACAGCUCGCACGGGAACCGAUCCGGAGCCCACCCCCAGGAAGAGGCAGCCUCUUCUACGACGCAUUCCCCACCCCCACCCGCCAGCUCAUCAGGCGGUGAGGGCCAUUCCCCCGUCUCAAAAGCCCUGCUACCUUCAUCACGAUCUUCGGAGGACAACCUGCCUCCUCGGAAGCGGAAAGUGAGCCAAGAGCAACAUGCCAACUUCAAUGGAGGCCUCCAUGAGGAUGAAGUCUCCCCGGAGAAGCAAAGGUCAUCGGCUCCUUCACCCAUUCAGGAGCAAAGUGAGCUAGACUGCCGCAAUUAGAGGAACAAACCAACCAACCAACAAACCCACUAGACAAAAAAUGCCAUUACCUUAUAUGUAGGAGAGAGAGAAUUAAGACUGAAAACAUUUCUUUCACAUCAUCGCAACAAGAAGUAACACGGUACCACCAUUUUUGUCAGGAGCCCUACUCACUAUAGAAACAAACCCAUAAGACUGGAUUCCUACUAUUACGUAUACCUCAAGGUACAUCCUUGAUGAUGACCACACCAACCUAACCAGACUGAAUCACUCAAACCACUACCAAAACAACGUAAUCAUUCAAGACUGACAAAAAACUGAAUUAUAUUCGCAAUCCUCAUUGUCAACAUCACCGAAAUAGAUUUGCAUCUACGUUCUGCUGCCAUUGUUAACUAUUGUAAGACUGAAUGUGCCCUUCUUCCUCAUAUAUCCCAUAGCCAAUCAACCAGUUGUAUUAGCCUCCGUGAAAAGUACAAGUGUAAUAAUAAUUCACCCUGAACUCUGCCCAUCCACUACAAGAGAA